UCCAUUUCCACAUGCUGAAAUUGUGUUUCUUCAUCUGUUUGUUAUACUGGGUGAAAUCAGAUGAGGAGAAAAAAUGUCCUGAAUUUACAGAUCUUAAUAUAGGCAAUGCAUUGUCUGGGACAGAACUCAAAGUCCAGCUACUGCUAUACACAAGGGAAAAUUCAAAUUGUUCUGAGAGACUCAUUGAACAUAAUGUUACUGCAUCUGAGUACCUUAAUACCUCCAAGAAAAUUGUCCUUGUUAUUCACGGCUUCAGACCAACAGGAUCUUCACCGGCAUGGCUAGGUGACAUAAAGGAGCUUUUACUGGCUUCAGAGGAUAUUAAUCUCAUUAUAGUUGAUUGGAAUCGUGGUGCUACAACUGUGAAUUACAUAACUGCUGUUGAAAACUGCAGAAAAGUUGCAGAAAUACUGAAGAACUAUGUUGACCAGAUGCUGGUAGGUGGAGCUUCUCUUGACAACGUGUAUAUGAUUGGUGUUAGUCUUGGAGCUCAUAUAGCUGGUUUUGUUGGCCAGAAGUAUAAUGGCAAAAUUGGCAGAAUUACAGGUCUUGAUCCAGCAGGCCCUUCAUUCACUCGAGAACCACCAGAGGGGAGACUGGAUCGUACUGAUGCACAAUUUGUUGAUGUAAUCCAUUCAGAUACCGAUGCACUAGGUUUCAAGAAACCUUUAGGAACCAUUGAUUUCUAUCCAAAUGGAGGAACGGAUCAGCCUGGUUGUCCACAAACAAUAUUCAGUGGACUUCAGUAUUUUAAGUGUGACCAUCAAAGAUCUGUCUUCCUCUUCUUAUCAUCUUUGAAAAGAAGGUGCAACAUAAUAACAUAUCCUUGUGACUCUUACUUGGAUUACAAGAGAGGGAAAUGUGUUGAUUGUGAAGCUUUCCAGCCAAUGUCCUGUCCAGUACUGGGUUAUUAUGCUGAUCGAUGGAAAAAACUAUUAAUCCCAAUAAGUUCACCAACGAAAACUUACUUUGAUACUUCAGAUCAAGACCCAUUCUGCAUGUAUAACUACUUACUGGAUAUUACUACCUGGAAUAAAAGCGUCAAGAGAGGUUUCAUUAAAGUUAAAAUAACAGAUUAUGCUGGAAACACAGUAGAAUCAGCAAUGAAUAGUGAAGCUUCAACAUUUCAGCAAUAUAAAAGAGUCAAAAUGGUAACUGGAUUUCACCAAGACCUUGACAAAAUAUCGAAAAUUUCCUUGACCUUUUCUACGAAGACUUUAGUAGGCCCAAAACACAAGCUUAGGAUUCUCCAGAUGAGGCUGAAAUCUCUUAAUAAUCCAGAAAGGCUGCAGCUGUGCAGAUAUGAUUUUGUACUGAUGGAGAACACUGAACUGACCUUCAAACCUAUCCCUUGCCCAGAGAGGGGUACAUGA